AUGUUUUCCGGGUACAGUAGAACUAAAAGUAUCCGAGACUAUUCGGGACGGGUAUACUCGAGUAAACCGCCUAUCAUCUUCAAGGCCGAACCCCUCAUCCCCCAAAUAAUCCUCAACUACAAACGUCACCAUACAAUUGGUCUUCAACAAUCCAUGAUGAUGCUCUGGGCAUGUGCUGGUGUUCCCCUGGGCGCAUUUAAUAUCGCAUCCGGGUUUAAUGUGGCGCUUUUGGUGCAGCCGCAGAUAUUGACUGUGUUGAGUUUGGUUACUUGGGGUCAGUGUUGGUAUUAUGGUGGGGGGUGGAGUUUGAGGAAGUGUCUUGUGAUCACGGGGGUCAUUGUGGUGGUUUUUGCGGGGGUAGAGGUCGCGUUGGUUGAAGGGUUGAAGGCCGGUCAACGUCUAGAUCUCGAAUGGCCUGUUAUAUUAAUGGGUGUAUUAUCAGCUGUUCUCCUAUCGGCAGGAGUAUUGAGACACUACUAUGAUAUCUACAUCCAUCGUACUGUCCGCGGUAUCUCAUUCAUUUUUGUAGGCAUCGAUGCAGCUGGAGAUGUUUUUUCUCUAGUUUCCUCUUCCAACCUCAUCUCGAUAUACUUGGCAUAG